AUGGCACCCACCAUCCUUCGGAAUAAUCCCCAAAUGGACGAUGAUGCCUGGCGAUUCAACGUCCCACAUGAGUCUCUUCUGCCACCAAAACGCGCCAGGCAGGGCAUUACAUACGGCAAUGUUGUCUCCUUCUCCACUGAUGCUAUUACCCUACGCAUCGAGCAAUUUCCAUCAAAUCGCGUCAUCCACUCCGAUGACCCAUCCAAAUUCAUCUUGCUCUCCUUUGGAAAGGAAUUCCGGUUUCCAGAUCAUCCACCACGAGUUUCGGGAGAGUACAUUGCUCGAUUGCUCAAGGCGGGGUUCUUCUUGAACGAUAUACAAUAUCGAUUUUAUCAUCAUAGCAACAGUCAACUGCGCGGACGCUCCUGCUUUUUGAGGCAAGCUAAUAACGACAAAGAAUUGGACGAUAGAAUUUACCAGUUAGGAGAUUUCGGGAGGAUUAUGAACAUCGCCAAACGCGCAAAAAGGAUUGGCCUGUUGUUCUCGUCUGCCCAGAUCGACUAUCGUCUCGACCCAAAGUAUAUAGCGGAUAUUCCGGACAUACAAGAUGGGGACGAGCUCUUCUCCGAUGGAUGUGGACUGAUCUCGAAGAGGCUCUCCAUUGCUCUGAGCAAAGCUAAGCGAAUCACCUUUCGGAAUGUUAGGUACACACCCACGGUUUUCCAGAUAAGAUACUUGGGAUACAAAGGUGUUCUGAUGUUGCACCCCCAACUUGACGCCGAGGGAAAACAUCUCGCCCAGUUUCGCAAAAGCAUGAAGAAGUUCACAACGACCACGGACCACACAUUCUCUGUCGUUGGGCACUCUAGGCCAUACACGUUCGGACGGCUGAAUAACGACAUCAUCGUCCUUCUCUCUUGUCUUGGGGUCACCAAUGAAAAGCUGCUCAACAAACAAGACGAAUAUUUUCAGUGGUUGAGGAACGCGACAGAAGACCCCACUGCUGCCGUCGACUUUCUCUCCUGCAUUGAUCAGUAUCCUCUAGCUGGGAAGGUUCUGCUAAAUGGGAUCAACGACCCUGACGUGGCAAAGGAAAUCCGGCGCCUGCAGCUAGGCGAGAUAGCCAGAUAUACGGACGAACGCGAAAAGUUUAAGUCUCGGAUGAUCAUCCGCGAAUCACGUCGUCUGUUUGGGGUCUGUGAUCCGUUUCAAGUCCUCAAGGAAGGCGAAGUCCAUAUUCGGAUUAUGGCUUCUCGAAAGGGACCAUCCACUCCGAUUCACGGAGACGUUCUCAUCGUCAGGAACCCAUGUCUCCAUCCCGGUGAUUGCUUGAAACUCCGAGCGGUACAUAAUGACAAGCUUUCUCACCUUGUUGACUGCCUUGUUUUUGCGUCUGUCGCUCGCCCUGGUCAUCAUGCAGCACCUUCAAUGAGUAGUGGCGGUGACCUUGACGGCGACGAGUUCCUUGUCUGUUGGGAUAAGGAUCUUGUACCUCCCCGUAUCUCGGAGUCUUACGAUUAUCCCGGGAAUAAAGAGCGCAUCAGCAAGAAAGUAACAAGGGAAGAUCUAGCUGUGCAUUUUGCCUCGUAUAAUGCGGCUGGCCUAGCAAGAGUCUCGGCCCUUCACAACAAAUGGGCCCGUUACAGCCCACAAGGGGCGCUAUCUGUCCAAUGCCAGGAAUUGAACGCGCUACAUUCGCAGUCCGUGGACGGCGCAGGCAUCAAGAUCCCCGAUCGGUUAACAAAACCCCCAGAGCCAACUGAACCAUUCAUCAUCGACCUUUUGGAGCAAGCUGCGCGGAAAUUCGCCACCGAGUUCGUGCAAUCGCAAACCAACCUCGCCUCAAUUCCUUCUCUCGAUGCCGAAGAAGGCCAGAAACUAAUAUCCCAACUCUUUAAAAGCACUCAACAUGCGGUCACUGAAUAUGAGCUUUUCGAGCUUGCUUACCGCCUUUCCCAAAAGUAUCGAUUCGACCUUCGUCCCUAUCUUGGGCAGAUUGACUGGUCGGCCAUUACGGCGAUGCAGAAACAUGCCGUUAGUACGACGCUGUCCCUCUCGUCUAUUGAUUAUCCGUACAUGUGGAAUUCCCUGAUCAAGUCUGAUAUCUUGAUGCCUCAAGACCUGUAUUCGCGGUCUCUUAGCUCUCCCUUUUCCAUACAACGUUUAUAUUCGUCGAAGGAAAAUGGGCUGACUACAUUCUUUGAAUACCUGCGCAUGGCUACGCAAGAUUACACGAGGAAACUGCUCGUCAUCCAAACAGAGCGACGAUUCUCUGUCGGUAUCUUUAUGAGGGGGAACAUCCCUUGGGAUGAAGAACCCGAAGUGAACGAUAACGUUGUCGUCUGCUCUUUCUUGCCGGACUCCUCAUCCACAAUCGCUCACCAACACCCAUGCUCUGCUGGGUACAGGCUUCACUUGAGCGAUUCAAGAAUGGAACUUUACAAUAGACAGAGAAGCGAUACGUUCGUCUUCAUCAAUCGCCAACUAGGGACCGAAGUCGUCGCGAGCAUUGCGUUGCAAAAAAUUUCAAAGACAGUUCAAAAGCAAUUGGGGAGGGUCAACAGAUCACCUCUCAUCGGUAUAGAAUUGCAUGUGGUAUCCAAUCAUGACCGUGUAGCCCACCAAUUAUUCGAUCUGUGGUUUCAACAUGUCCCAACUGAAGAAUAUGUGCGCCGAUUUCAGCGCCAGUCGGCACCUUACCGCAUGAAUGAUCUCAAGGAUGUCGACUGGUCGAAAGAACCAGACUGGUUGAAAUCUGCGUUCUAUCCCCUAAGGGAUCCUCAAGGUCUUCCUUCCUCGAAAAAGCUCAGGCAACACACUCAGGAAACCAUGGACGCCGUUCUUGCCAGGAGAAUGCUUCCAGAGCUUGAUCAGAUUCUCGAUUUCGGGUUGAUGUACCACGCCGAAGACGAAGUAUUACUGGUCUUCCACUACGUCCUCUUACUCAAGCCUUUCCCUGAAGGGUUGGCUGUCAAGUGGAUCGAUAGAUACCCUCCGUUGGUUUUCACGGUCUUGAAGGUAUAUCCCCCCGACGACGAAACCCUCAAACUACCGCCCGAAACCGAACAAAUGACGCGUACUAUCGUGCAGGCUAUCAUCCGCUCAGCUAAUGACCUCCGCAUCGCUUCCCUCGUCGCUUUGGAAAAAAUAGCAGGGUCCAUCGCGCUGUUACCGAUAGACGAAUACAUUGAGAUGCUCAUGUUGGCUGCGUUGUCUGUGCGCUCGUCACAGCUUGUUCAAGAGGUUUUGCUAGUCAUGAACGAUAUCCGACUCGCUCAUUGUCCACAAACACCGGUAUUGGAAUACGGACACAAACAUGCUCUAGGAGUAGUCUUUGACCGAGCAGAAGAGGCAGCGGACGAAUGCCCCUGCAACGAGGAUGGGAAACCGCGGAAACAGAGAAACCCACCUUCUCAGACUAACCUCACGUUCGUCGCGGAUGAUACUUUGCAUGUGAUGGCGACUUUACGAGUCGAUGCGAAGACGGCUAUUAGACUGCAUUCUCAUGUCCGCUUACAAGCGACGUCGAAGGCUGAGAAUCGGUGGAUUGACGCGCCUGUUUUGGAUGGGCUCGUUGUUCAGGCUAUGAAGGGCGAGUUGAAGAUCAAACUUCUUCAGCCUGCUCCCCCCGAAACGGAGCGUAUGGACUGGGUUGUGUUCAACGCAGGAAGCAUAGCAACUUCGAGAGCUAUGUUGGACGCACUGUUACGGCUCCUGGAACAAAAACAAGCUGCGUGCUUGUUUUACAACUUUAUCACGGGUGACGAGGAGGAAGCGCCGGAGGGCGAACAGGUCCCUUCCGUUGAGGUGAUACCUCCAGGUGAUGAUUCAGGUCUCAAUGAGAGCCAGAGGAUGGCUGUACAAUCUUGGGCUGCGCCUUUAUCGUUGAUCUGGGGACCUCCCGGCACCGGAAAGACAACAGUGGUCGUCGACAUUUUGAGAAGCAUAAUCAAGACAUAUUAUCCUGCAACACCCAAAAUUUUGAUGACUGCGUCUACGCAUAAUGCCGUCGACAACGUUCUAGAACGGUUCGUAAAAAUAAACGAGGAAGACCAACUUCUCCGCGAGGAACAAAUCCUGCGCGUAGCAACGGACCAAUCGAAAGUGAACCAAGACCUGCAGCACUUCACCAUCGACGCGCGGAUCGGGGGGGAUAUGAAUCAGAAUAGUAGGCUGGUGAAGCAGGCACAGGAGAGGGUUGAGAGGUCGGUUUUGGUGUUUACUACGUGCGCUGGCGCUGGUCUGGGGAUAUUGAGAAAGGUGGAUUUUGAUAUUGCUAUUAUCGACGAGGCGUCUCAGAUAACGGAGCCGUGCGCUUUGAUACCUCUCGUGAAGGGGAUUAAGAGGGCGAUGAUGGUUGGAGAUCACGUCCAGCUUCGGCCAACAGUCAAAAACAUGGCCAAAGUCGUCCGAUUCGACAUUUCCCUCCUGGAACGUCUCUACUCCCAGCCCAACAUCCCGGAGGGGAUGGUCAAGACGAUGCUAGACGUCCAGUACCGCUCUCCAAAAGAACUUAAUGCGUUCCCCUCCAAGGAGUUCUACGAAGGCCGAUUGAAGACGAGCGACGCGAACAGCGCAGGGUCUUUGAACGCGCUCAAGAAGUCCUCGUUUCCUUGGCCCAUUGGCGACGGCGGCGAAGUCAUCCCAGCUGUGUUUAUACAGUGCUCUUCGGAAGAGGAUUUGGGCGAUCGGUCGAAGAGCAACGAAGGCCAGGUCGACGUUGUCCGCCAUGUGUUGAAGCUCUUGAGUAGUACCCCCAAGAAUCCGACGUCGGAGGAGGAAGAUAAGUCGGAGGAGAAGGAUUUGAAAGUCACCGUUUUGUCUCCGUACACGAAACAAAUCCAGACACUACGCCGGCGCUUACCUUCAUCCAUCACCUCGUCCACCAUUGACUCAUUCCAGGGACGGGAGAGCGAUAUCAUCAUUUUCUCGACUGUGCGGUGUAAUGUGGAUGGCGAUGUUGGGUUUCUGGACGAUCCGAGAAGGUUGAACGUUAUGUGGACGCGUGCAAGGCUUGCGUUGAUAAUUGUUGGGGAUAGGGCGACCCUUAGUGCGAAUCAGCUCUGGAAACGCGCUUUGGAGGCUUGUACGGAGGUUGAAAUUGUAUUGGAAGAGCCGACUACGACGGGGUAG